CCCGUGUUGGUGGCGGCUGCCGUGUCCGGAUCCUCCUGCAGCGGGGGCCUUUCUCGCCUGGCGGGGACCCGAGUCGGGAGCGGCAGUGGCGCAGCCGGCAGCGGCAUCAGGAAGAGGCCGCUUCUGACUCCGCUUUGCAACGGCCUUCUGAAUUCCUACGAGGACAAAAGCAACGAUUUCGUCUGGUUACUUUUCUUGAACAGUUACAAGUGUAUUCAUGGAAGCCUGGAAGAUAACAACAGAUGCCCCAAAUAUAAUUAUUUUGUGGAUAACAUUGAUCAUCUAUAUCCCAACUUUUUAGGUAAGUUUUAAUGUUCAGUAAUACAGCCUUCAAUCAUACUUUCAAUCAAUCAAUAACACUCUCAAUAAUUAAACUUUUAUUCCUGGGUGUUUAUUUCUUUAUUAUGCUUCCGUUGAUUUUGUAUAACCUAGACUACAUUCCUGGACAUGUAAUAUCUGAAUAUCUAUCAGGUAUUCAGUGAUAUAAAAAUCACCCUAGUUUUUCAAAAAAAUAAAGUUUAGAGAGUCUGUGGACCAUGAUUGUGAAAACAAGUUGAAAACGAUUAGUAACCACAUAAUUUAAUAAUGCUUAGUCAUAUUUGAUUUUGAGAUGUGAAGAGGGGAGGAUGAAGAUCAAAAUAAGCUUUAUGCUAAAUGGAAUUGAAUACUCACCAUAAAAUCAUCUUAAGUCAUAGUGCCUAUGACUGAAUUCUCCUGCCAAGAUGGGUUUACAAACUUUUUUCUGGACUUUUCUUGGAAAUAGUGGCAUUUGUAUGGCCUUUUGAUAAUCGUCUUUUCUGAUCUUGAACUUUUUGGUAGUGACCUUGCCAGCCCUCAGAUUGCUGAUCAAUAAUUUAUUUUAAACAAUUAUUUAUGUUUCAUGUAAUGAUAAGUUAGAAAUAGGAAAAAAUAAAACUGAAUUAGAGUUUAUUCUUCCUUUUGGUUUUGUGUGAAUAAGAGAGAGACAUACAUGAAACUAAUAUGGAAGAAAGAAAAAAUGCAAAUACGUAUUUUGGUUGUAUACAAUGUGAAUAAGUUGUUUUGUACAUUUGACAAUCUGUAGAGUUAUUAAAAGAGCAGUUUUAAGGACCUUCUGUGUAAGAUGGGAGGAAAUUGUGCUUAUUAUAAUAUAGGUAAUGUGGUUUGGGACAUACUCCAUGAA